CGUUGGGGGGGCGUAACAUCCUCCCUCGACCCCGUCAAACCCACGUGUGGACGUUUUCAUUCUGGAAUAAACCCUGAACUGUGUUUAGGAGCGUUUCUCCGCCAUGGACGAGCUUCCAGCGGACCUCAGAGCGGUUCUCCUCAACCACCCGUUUCUCCAGCUGACGGACGGGAAGAAGAUUAAAUGCACCCUGAACGGCCAUGAGUUUCCAUGCAAUCUGUCGGAGCUGCAGAAGUUCAUCCAGGGGAAGAAAUACGAGAAGCUGAGCGCUGCAGCCGAGUUCAACUACAGCCAGUAUGAGCCACACAUCGUGCCCAGCACCAAACAGCCCAACCAGCUGUUCUGCAAGCUGACGCUCAGACACCUGAACAAGCAGCCGCACCACGUCCUCCGACACGUCAACGGGAAGCGCUUCAAAAAAGCUCUCGCCAGAUAUGAAGAGUGUGUGAAGCAGGGCGUCAACUUCGUUCCUGCCAGACUGAAACAGAAAAAACCCAGAGACCCCACGGAGGAGCCGGAGAGGGGGAGGGGCUCCAAACAGGCCAACGGCAUGUGGGCGCCGUCAUCCAGCGACGAGGAGCAGAGCGACUCCGACGACAGCAUGAGCGACCUUUACCCCCCCUCCAUGUUCACAUUGAAAAACCCAGCAGAGGAAAGUUCAGCGAGAGGAAAGGAUGAAGAAGACGACUUCCAGACGGACGAGGACGAGGACAUGGAGGUGGAGGUGAAGCAGGAGCAACAAGCGGCGCAGAAACGUAAAAAAGCUCAGGGCGGCGGAGGCUUCCAGAAGAAGUUCAGGAACAACCGAUGGAAAUCGGGACGCAAGAAACCUGGAAAAGUGCAGAACGGAAAGUAGAGUGGAGCUCAGACGGCUUCCCGUCCGUCUGGAGCGUCCUGGGCUUCAGAGCAGAGUGACACUUCACUCUGUCGUCUGAGCGUUUCUGUAAAAUACUAAAAUACAAAGUCACUCUGGA